GGCGCCCAGGCGGACAUGGUGGAGGCGGUGAAGCUGCACAUCCUCAGCAUGCUGCACCUGAGCGCGCGGCCCAACAUCACGCGGCCCGUGCCGCGCGCCGCGCUGCUCAACGCCAUCAAGAAGCUGCACGUGGGCCGCGUGGCGCAGGACGGCAGCGUGGAGAUCCCCGACGAGGGCCAGAGCCGCGCAGAGAGGAGCGAGGCCGCCGAGCAGACCUCCGAGAUCAUCACCUUCGCCGAGGCCGGAGACUCCAGCGACUCCGUCGUCUUCCACAUGUCCAAGGAGGGCAACGACCUGCCUCUGGUGGGCCAGGCCAACGUGUGGCUGUUCCUGAGGCUGGCCAAGGGCAACCGCAGCCGAGCCAAGGUCACCAUCCAGCUCCUGCACCGGCAGGAGGGCCCCGACGGGCAGGUCCAGGAGGUGUCCGUGUCCCAGAAGGCCGUGGACACGCGCCGGAGCGGCUGGCACACGCUGCCCGUGUCCGGGACGGUGCAGUCCCUGCUGGACGCCGGCGGGAGCUCUCUGGGCCUGCGCGUGUCCUGCCCGCAGUGCGCGGACGCCGGGGCCACGCUGGUGCUGGCGGACGGCCAGAAGCGGGAGCGCGAGCAGUCGCACCGGCCCUUCCUCAUGGUGGUGGUGCGGCAGACGGGCGACCAGGCCCACCGCCGCAGCAAGCGGGGCCUGGAGUGCGACGGCAAGAUCCAGACCUGCUGCAAGAAGCAGUUCCAGGUCAACUUCAAGGACAUCGGCUGGAACGACUGGAUCAUCGCCCCGUCCGGCUACCACGCCAACUACUGCGAGGGGGACUGCCCGGGGAACGUGGCCAGCGUCACCGGCUCGUCCCUCUCCUUCCACUCCACCGUCAUCAGCCAUUACCGCAUCCGGGGCCACAGCCCCUUCGCAAACAUCAAGUCGUGCUGCGUGCCCACGCGCCUAAGGGCCAUGUCCAUGCUCUACUACGACGAGGAGCAGAAGAUCGUCAAGAAGGACAUCCAGAACAUGAUCGUGGAGGAGUGCGGCUGCUCGUAGAUCCACCCCGAGCACGUAGAUACAUUUCAAGAGUAAAAAAAAUGAGAAAACAAAAGGGACAAAAUGGAGGAUGGACAAUUGACCUUGCCAACAGUCCUCUUCGAAGGAGACUCACAAACAAGUGUUGUUUUUUUUUAAUUAUUUCGAGACUCGCUGACCCAACGCUGAUUUGUUUUCAGUCGUUAUCGAACCUUAUGGGUAUCUCUGUGGCACUUUCAUAUAAAAAAAAAAGAAAAAAAAGAGAAAUACAUAAUAUAUUUUUGUUACAAAAGAAGGGCGCAAGAAGGAGAGAGGAUAUUUAUGUUGUAGUGGUGCAGUGGGAUUCCCUCUCCUCUCCACUGCAGAAGAAAUACCGCGUCGUUCAGGUGCCUGAAUAAUCUCAAAACUAUGCAACUUGUCAAGUAUUACCAUGUGAUUUUUUUGCGUUCGUUUUUGCUUUGGUAUUGUUUACCUUUUCAAACUAAGAGGAAGACUUUUUAAUACUUUUUUUUUUUUUUUUUUUUUCAAAGUACAUGUUACAUUUUUUGUGUUGUUGUUGAAAGAUACUUGAAAGAACCAAGUUUGACCAGCUGCUGGAGCCAAACACUUGUCGAUAUUAUUAUUAUUAUUAUUAUUAUUAUUAUUAUUAUUAUUAUUAUUAUUAUUAUUAUUUCUUGCCAUUAUUAUGUUUUGUUUUUUGAAAAAAAACGUUCUGAACGUUGACAUUUUGCACUAUAACAACAUUGUGGUCAGCCUAUUCAAAGUUUUCAGAAGGGGUGUGGCAUUUCAGAAUGUACAGAAUUAUAGAGCACAUACAGUACGUGAAGUAAGAGAAGGAGGUGUAGAGAAAGACGGCAGAAGAAGAAUAUUCAUCCACAUCAUGCAUCUCUCAUUACGUUUCUUCACUUCAGGCAGCACCAAAGAGUUUGUGUAAGUGAGACCAAUUUCUGGCAAGAGGCCAUUUCAGUGCAGAGUCAUUAUUUUUGAAGAAGACGAGCUCUGUAGUGCAUCCAGCUCUUUGUAUUUGUCCUCUCAUGUGCAAGAGUGAAAAUUGACCUCCCAUUACCCCCCCCCCCCUCCCCUCUUCAGACCCAAACACAUUGUAGUAAUGUUCUCAUUUAUUAUUUGAUCACGGCUCAUUGAUGAGAAACAAAAAGCACUUAUGAUCAACAUGUGUGUGUGUGUAUGUAUGUGGAGGGAGGGGGGGGGGGGGGUAAUUAAAAUAAAGCUUUUGAAACCAUUUCAGAAACCACAUAUCCAUAUUUUCGUUCUUUUAAAGAACACAUUUUUUCUUGUUGUGGUUUUGGAAGGAUUCAUACAAGGCCAAUCUCCUGCAAUACAUUAUUUCAUGACUGGUUUCAUCCCUUUAAGGUGUGAGAUCACACACAUGCGAUUAGAAUGUUCCAAACUCAACAUUCUAAUGCUGAUAUAACAGUCACUGCUGGUAAUUGGAAAAAAAGAGUUCUAGAACACUGACUUGGAAUUUAGAAAAAAAAAAAAAAAACAUUCCAAAAAAACCUACUCUUAAAAGGGUUAAAGAGCCGCACACAUUUCCGACAUUUCCUUCAUUCACACUGUACCAUUGUCAAUGUCUUAUGUAAAGCAGUGUAAAUCUUUACAACAUACAAAGUGGAAAUAUAUCAUUUGUGAGGAUGCUCCUGAUAUGGAUAUUGUACAAAAAAGUAAUGACGAAAACCUGGAAAAAAAAGAUAAAAAACUACAAAGAGAAAAAAGAAAAAAAAACAUGGUUGUAUUUGUUUUAUUUUCUCAAGGUGAACGAAACAACACUGAAGAACGUGUUUGGACUGAGAUAAAAAAAAUGUUUUAUUCUGUAUAUACAGAGGUACAGAUGCUGACCUGUUGCAUUGCUUUGUUGUACAAUUCAAAAAAUGCUUGUGGCUAUGUUUUAUAAUCUAAUUUA